GCUAGAAGCAGCAGCGAGCAUGGCAGGCGCGGAGCAAGAAACGGUCAAGGUGCGCAUCUCGCAGGGCGAGCUGCUCGGCCGCCGCCGGCGCACAGUGUGGGGGUUCCCCUACUGCUCCUUCCAGGGAAUCCCCUACGCGGCUCCACCGGUCGGACCGCUGCGCUUCAAGCCACCACAACCGCCUGCUGCUUGGAGUGGAGUCCGAGAUGCGACUAAAGAGGGCAACGUCGCACCGCAGAUGGACCUCCUGGUGGGGAAGUACAUUGGCGACGAGGACUGCCUCUUCAUCAACGUCAGCACGCCCAAGCUGCCGUCAGAGGGUUCUGGCAGUCUGCUGCCGGUGAUGUUCAUGGUCCACGGUGGAGGGCUCGCCCUACUGUCGGGCAACGAGUUCUUCGCUCGUCCAGACUUCCUCAUAGAGAAGGGCGUCGUCUACGUGUCCUUCAACUACCGCCUCGGAGUGCUGGGCUUCCUGAGCACGGGGGACCGUGUGGUGCCGGGGAACAUGGGCUUCAAGGACCAGGUGAUGGCUCUGCGCUGGGUCAAGGACAACAUCGCCAGCUUCGGCGGGGACCCCGACAACGUCACCAUCUUCGGCGGGAGCGCAGGGGCUUGGUCCUGCCACGCCCUCGUCCUGUCUCCAUUGGCCAAGGGCCUGUUCCGCAAAGCCAUCGCACACAGUGGUGUGGCUGUGGGGGACGGCGUGUGCUCCGACCGCAUGAGGGCUCGCUCCUUCGCGCUGGGCGCCCACCUGGGCCUCAAGACGGACGACUCUAAGCAGCUGGUGGACUUCCUAAGGAAACAGCCUGCGCAAAUGCUGAUCGAGAACGCGAUGUUUGGUCGCACUGAGGAGGACAAGGCCCGCAGUGUGCUGUUCCCCUUUGUGGGCACUACAGUGGAGCCAGCUGACGCCGAAGGUGGGGCAUUCUUCCCGAGGGACCCCGCACAGCUGCUGUACUCUGGGGACUUCCAACAUGUGCCCUUCAUCACGGGGGUCUGCACCUAUGAGGGAUCCCUCUUUGUCAUGGAGCCCAUGCCUGACACGGUCCGCACGUCCAGCUAUGCUGCGAACCCCCACCUGCUGAUCCCCACCAACCUGCGCUGCCCUGAAGCGGACAGGGACGCCGUGGCAGAGGAGAUUCGGCGCUUCUACUUCGGUGACAGCGACAUCGGACCCGACACGCGGAUGGAUCUCUGUACCCUUCUGGGCGACCUGAUGUUCACGUACCACGCAGUGCGUGUGGCCAAAUUACACAGCUCCAAGUCGGCAGCUCCGGCCCACUUCUUUGUCUUCCACUACGUGAGUGAGAAACUUCCCGAAGGCCCGAUGGGGGAGAUGUUCCGAAAGAUCAGGGAGAAGUAUAACGGUGCUGGUCACGGUGGGGACUUUGGGUUCAUUAGCAAAGGAACCAUGUUCGGAGACCCACCACCAAGAGAUUCCUUCGAUGGUAGACUCACUGAUCAGCUGACGCGCCUCUGGACCAGCUUCGCCAAGACAGGUCAACCAGCAGACCCGAAGGUGGAGGUGUCAUGGCCGCCUUUCACAGAGCAGGACCAGUCCUACCUGCACGUCACCAGCGACGGGCUGUACAUAGCCAGACGGCCAUUUGAGGAGCGGGUGGCCUUCUGGGAGAAACUCUACGACCGAUAUGGCAGCUAGCAGCAGCGCAGACCCCAGAAAUAUCAAGGGAAAUCGCCGAAAUCUUUUAUGAGAGAGAUCUUGCCCAUACUUCGACCACGACCGUCAAAAAUUCUGUGAUUAAUCUACACCUCACACACGGAAAGAAUAUUUCAUAGAUUUUGUAAAGUACUGUCAAUGUAAAAUAAAAUCUGGA